AUGCACUCAGCCAAUUCCGUGAUGUUUUUGGUGCUCAUUGGGCUCGAUAUCGUCGCCACUUGCGGAUUCCUCGGCGGCGGUGGCGGCGGUUGCUGCUGCUCGGGCGGCUGCGGACGAAAGAAGCGCUCGAUCGAUUUCGACGAAUCGCCGAGCUUUUCCAGCGACAAUAACGAUUUGUUGUGCAAUAGUCCCGAAUUGAAGCAGCUAAUUGUGAAGAAUAUGCGUUCAAACGCGCGCGAAUCGAGCAAAUCCCUUCAAUCGGCUCUCGAAGACCACGACAAUCAUCGGUACGUCGUCGUCUGCUCGGAGAAUCCCUUCGAUUAUUCGGUUCAACGCGAUUCGGCCUAUUGUGGCGCUCGAAACGGCUCGCAUUAUUGUCAAGCAUUCGCCAUUUAG